UUGAGCACCAAAUGUCAUGAUAUAUAACAAAAAUAGACAGCUGGAAGCGUAAAUUGUAAACAGAGAAAUGAGAGAAAAUUUUAUUUUUUUGCUCUUAGACCUGGGAAUUUUCUUCAAUAUAAACUCACAGUAAGUCGAAAAAAUAGAUAUGACUUUAAUACUAUCUGCUAAAAGGAUACUUUGCUGUACAAAAUUUUUCGACCGUACUGUAGCUAGAGCUAAGAUUGUUUUCCUUUCCCGGUUGUAUUCGAUGGCUUCCACUGAUUCAACAACAAUUGCUGUCUGUCAAUUAAACUGCACAUCAGAUAGAAAGAAAAAUUUUGAAACCUGUAAAAAUUUUAUAAACUUGGCUGCUGCUCGCCAUGCAAAGAUGGUCUUUUUCCCAGAAUGCUUUGAUCAUGUUGGAGAAAGCAGGAAUCAAUCUAUACAAUUAGCUGAGCCUUUAGAAGGUGCAUUGAUAUCUGACUAUCGUCAGCUGGCUACACAAAAUUCAAUAUGGCUUUCUCUAGGUGGAUUUCAUGAAAAGGGAUCCUCUGUAGAUCAGGAUAAAGUUUACAACUCUCAUAUUUUAAUAAAUUCCAGUGGCGAUAUUGCUGCUGUUUAUCGUAAGAUUCACCUCUUUGAUAUUGAUGUUCCCGGAGGUGUAAGAUUAAAAGAAUCUGAUUACACAAUACCAGGAAAAGAAGUUCUUCCUCCUGUUGAUACUCCGGUUGGAAAAAUUGGACUAGGUAUUUGUUAUGAUCUCAGAUUUCCUGAGUUUUCUCUUGCCAUGACUGAAUCUGGAGCUGAAAUUCUUACAUAUCCAUCAGCAUUUACUCAAGUCACUGGAAUGGCUCAUUGGGAAGCAAUGCUUAGAUCUAGAGCAAUUGAAUCACAAUGUUAUGUUGUUGCUGCUGCUCAAACAGGUAAACAUAACCCAAAGAGGACAUCAUAUGGACAUGCAAUGGUGGUUGAUCCAUGGGGCUGUGUGAUUGCAUGCUGUAGUGAAGGGGUAGGAAUAGCUUUUGCUGAGAUUAAUAUGAGCUAUCUCAAAAACAUUCGUCGAGAUAUGCCUAUCUGGAAACAUAGACGCAGUGAGCUGUAUGGGAGUCUCAUACUACCUGAAAUCUCAGAUGGAUCUGAUUCUUCAUAUACAUUUGCCAAUAUCAAGCUUAGACCAGAACACAUAUUUUACAAAACUAAGCAUAGUAUAGCUAUUGUUAAUAAAGGACCUCUUUUACCAGGACAUGUUCUGGUAAUUCCCAUUCGAGUUGCAAAACGGUUGUCUGAUUUAUUUCCAUAUGAAGUUGCUGACUUAUUUACUUGUGUGCAAAUAGUACAAGCAAAAAUUGAGGAAGCUUUUAAAACAACUUCAUCAACAGUUGCUAUUCAGGAUGGACCCGAGGCUGGCCAAACAAUACCUCAUGUUCAUGUGCAUAUUGUGCCCAGAAAAGCUGGAGAUUUUGAAAAAAAUGAUGAUAUUUAUAAAAAGCUUGAAGAACACGAUAAGGCUGGUGACCGUAAAUGGCGGACUCCAGAAGAAAUGACUGAAGAAGCUGAUAAACUGAGAAAAUAUUUUUAAAAUAUAAGAUAUAUUAGUUUUUUAACUUAUAUUUUCUUUUGUAAAUUUAAAUAGAAGUUAUUUCCUCUUUUUAUAAAAAAAAUGUGUUGUAGAAGUUAUGAAUGAUUCUUGGUAUUCAGUAUUCAUGAAUGAUAUAAAUGCUAAGUGUAAAUAUUUUGGAUUUGUAGAUGAUUAUUUUCAACUAAAUAGGAGUUUAAAUUGUAUAUUUUUAUGUAUCAGAAAUAAAUUCGCUAAAAU